CCUGGUUCUACUCACUUCACUCAGCAUCAGUUCAUAUUCUUAUACUUCACGGAUGGAGCACAUACCUUUUCCCUGAUUCCAUAGGAGAAGCAUUUCAUAGUAAGACAUUUCUCCAAGUUUAAUUAUUCCAACAUGAUUCUCACUUCAAAUAUCAAAUGGUUUUCUCAACAUUCCAUUGGGUUCUGAAUGACUGGUUUCAAAUGUUGGCCCUGAUACUCUUUAUGGUUAUGAGUUUAAGGUUAAGGUUAUGAAUGUUGGUGACAUUCAAGGAUGUGACUGUGGACUUCAUCCCAGAGGAGUGGGGCCUCUUGGACCAUUCUCAGAAAGAUCUGUAUGAGGAGGUCAUGCUGGAGAGUGCCCAGAACCUGUUUGCUCUGGGAAUUCAAGACAGAAUGUCUGGGAUGGUGCUGUUGCUGCUUUCUUGGGGUGUCAUGUUAUUUCAGGAUCCCAGGCUUCAGACUGGACUGGAAGCAGGACCUGAGACCACACUAUGCUCCUGGAAUAAGAACCAUGUGGCUGUUGCUGGCUUCUGAUUUUGUUCCUUGUUUAAUCCCCAUCCUAGGGCCCAGCACUGCCCCUCACCAUGAAACUACCACUUCUAGGAACAGAUCCUCAGUCUUCCUUGGAUGCAAAACCCUGAAAUAGAUAGCAAGCAACAAAACUUGCAGUUGCCACCUACUCCUGCACUUUACUCAAGUUGAAUUCCCCCCAAUGCAUAAUCUGGGACUCACUGGCCUGCUGAACAGCCUCUCCCUGAGCUGGAAGGCUCUGCAAUGCCCUUCCCGCCUAGACCCCUUGUGAGUGUCCAUAGAUCUCUCUAACUCCCUAGAAUGACCUGAUCUGGAGUAAUUCCUCACUGUGGUUUCUUGGAUUUUCUGCUCAGUAGGAGUUGUGGGAGUUGUGGGCUCAUGCUUCCUUUUCCUGCUGCUCUGCCAUCUUCCUUCUACAAGGUUUUAACUGGUGGCUUUUAUCGACAGCGAGGUGGCUCAGGGGAUAGAGUGCUGAGCAUGGAGCCAAGAAGUUCAUC